AUGCGGAAUAUCAAGGUGUCCCCUGGCUUGGCAUUCGAGUUGAAGGACACAAAAAGGCGAUUGCGAGCAUCCGUCACAUACACCUCUCGCUCCGAAGGUCUGACGCGCACUGGCAGUACAGAGGCGACGCCAUGGAGCGCAUGGCCUUUGUACCGCAGGUGUUACGCCGAAGUUGUAACCAAUUCGAAACACAGACCGCCGUCAAUAUCGUAA